CUUCGAGGUUAUAAUAAAAGAUAGACCAAGAUAUAUUUAAUCAUUUUAUUGUACGUGCAAGUGACUAACUGUUCGGUGUUCAGAGUAAUUAAUUUUGAACAUAAUCAAACUUCAGCAUUGCCGGUAGAUAAAGAUUUUGUCCUUUCAAAAUGUUCAAAGAUUGUGUACUUUCAAUAAUAACAUGAUAAAAUAAUGAUAUCUCGGUGAAUUUCUUAUCGAGCGGCAUGUUUUACCGAAUUAUAACGAGAUUAUCGCGAAAAACAGCAUGAAGUUAUAUUACAACCUUUAUCUACAUUCGCAAAGUGGACAAAUAGGUAUCGAUUGCCUUUACACCAUACGUGAUGAUAAAAGUGGUCGAAUAUGAGAGCUCGUGUGACAGAAUUUGAUGGAUUACUGAAUUUAUUUUGAACAUUUUGUUAUUUUUAGGUUCGGCUUCGUCGUUAUUAAUUUGAUAAAGUAUCUAGAACAUAUGCGCAUUUGGGUUACUCAAUGGAGAUAUCAAUAAUUAGUAUCGAUUAAGAGGAACCUACCCUUACUGUUUUAUCUAUCGCAUAGAACGAUCAGUUUUGCGACAAGAGCACUGAACAUUGCCAACGCAACAAGAAUUUCAACUCUUGGAUCAUUGCCCCUCGCGAGUCAAAUAUAAAUCAUUCAAUAACAUUUCGUAUUUUGCUCAUCGCAUAAUUAUAAUUUAAAUUAUCUCUACACUGAACAACGCAAAAAUUUCAAAACUUUCAUAUUCCUAAAUUUCUAAAUCCUUUGAUAAUAUCUGCGGAAUUAAAGCUAUUAGUAAAGCAACUCGAAUUACUCCAGAUAAAAGUUCUAAUUAGGUCAACACUUUCACGUUGCCUUUCUAGAAACAACUCUCGAUAAAUAUCGCAGGUCAAUUACAUUUGUUAACAUUUUUCAUUUUCUGAAUUUAGAAACUUAUCGUCUUAAUAUUUUCCGAUGUUUACGCGCGUGAAAGGCGUCGAACACCCUCUUGUUUCUUUAUUUUAUCGUACAACCCAGAUAAAAAAUUGUGAACGAGGAAUCGAGUCACGCCGCCACAAAAUAAUCACAUUACACGCAAAUAAACAGCAGUAACUUAGAAACUGUGACCAUUUACGGUCCAAUGCGGUCAACGCGUUUAUCGAAACACGUUAUAAUAUGCGUUACCGUUAACACAAAUUAUUUAACGGCAAAAACUGCUCGAAGAGACCGGGUAGCAAUCGGCGCCACGGGAACACGUGUAGAGGGACGCGGAGGAGUUGGCAGUGCGACAGAGGUCUCGAGAAGAAGAAGAGGAUUUCGAGUUCCUCUAUCGAGAACGAGCGAGCGAGCGAGCGAGGAAACACAGAGCGUCGUGGGACGGUGCAGCUCGUGGUGGGGUAUCAGCCACGGCUUAUCUGGCGACUUUAUGUAUAUUACGAUGCCCAAGGCAGGAACACGAACAGUUCACUGCUGGCUAACUGGUCGGAGAAGUCGGCUAAACCGAGUCCGAGCCUGACGGCCCCGUUAAACGUGUUUCGAAUAGAUAGAUCAAUUAAAGAGACGCUCGCGAACACACAGCCUACUAACUGUACCGUAUACGUGUACCGGAAACCAGGUGCGCGAAACCAUCGUCGUGCCGGAGCGGUCCACUCAGUUUUCCCGAAAGCUUGAUCUCUCAGUGAUCCAGGAUGAUCGUGCUCGCGUGGUCCUUGUUCGUGCUGGUCUCUUUGCUCGUCGCCACCAAUCAAGCAUUCCUCGCUGCUCCUGCACCAGUUCACGGAGUGUCGAGUUACGAUGCGACCGACGUUCAACGACGAUUGGAGACCAACGAGGUGAUUCAUAAAACCAAUAACAACCACGAACAACACCCGGACGAUUCGUCGAACGAUGAUCGUGACGACGAGCCAACCGUCUACGUAAUCGAAUUCGAAUCGGAGCUGAACGAGAAAGAAGACAGUAUGCAGAACAAAGGGAAAGACUCGUCCAACGACGGAGACAGCCAAAACCCAUUGGACCCAUGGUCGAUCGUGUGGUACAUCGGUUCUUUCGGAGGUUUGGUGGCCUUCUUCCUCAUAGUGAGCUGUUCCGAGUGGUGUUGUCGUCGCGGUGGAAGGACAAUAACGGUGCCCUACGCCCAACGGGCGGAGGUGAUCAACGGCGGGCAAGUGGUCACCGAGACACCGCCUCCUCCAUACCAUCUGUUCGCGCCACCUCCGUACGAUUCCGUGAACUAUGGUGAAAUCGUGGACAAGACUUCCGGGGAAAAAUUGGACAUCUACGUGAUAUCAGUGCCGAUUCACCGGCCAGUGGUGCAAGUACCUGCUUAGAAUCUCCCCGUCGAGAUCCUCGAGCAGAGGAUGCGGGCAAAACGAAUCGAAAUGACACUGAUCGUGUCGAGAUCUAUCGUUCACGCAUCGUUCGGUGGACGACCAGUGUUCCGAUGGUUCGGGCCAAGGAUAGUCUCUCCCUGAAGAAACUAGGAUCUAUCUGGAGUCCCUUGAUCGGGAUUAGCUCGAUACACGUUUUUUGACAAUCGUCCGUUGACCCAUGCGUUCGUUCAAAACGGGCUUGGGUGAAGACACGCGAUGAGCGAGGAAGCAUCUGUUCGAGCGAAGGAAAUUCUUCGAAGAUUCGGUUCUCGUGAAAGAAGCUUCGAAACUCUACGGUGAUCGGUGGAGGUCGAAGACACUCAGCGAAUCGAAGGUUGGGUGUUUUAAAAGAGUGUCGACAGAGACAAUUUCGGGGAGGUGAAAAGCUGUGAAGAAAGAAAUGCGAACGACAAUGAAAUCUCAUUGUAUUUUUAAAGAAUCGAGAACGGUGGAACACAUGCAAUUG